AUGAGUACAGCGGGUAUAUCUGACGAGGCGUCGGCAUCUGCUUUCACUACUGCGGGCUACUGCCCACAGCUCAUCAAAGGGAUAGACUCUGUGCUUAUUAUUGGUUCCGGUGGUCUUUCGAUUGGCCAGGCAGGUGAAUUCGAUUACUCGGGAUCGCAGGCCAUUAAGGCGCUAAAAGAAACUGGGAAAAGGACUAUUUUGAUCAACCCUAAUAUCGCUACUAACCAAACGUCAUACUCGCUAGCUGAUGAGGUGUAUUUUUUGCCUGUAACUCCUGAAUUCAUCACGCAUGUCAUUAAGCGCGAGAGACCGGAUGGCAUCUUAUUGACCUUCGGUGGGCAGACUGGGUUAAACUGUGGUGUUGCGCUACAAAGGGCGGGGACGCUUGAGAAAUACGGUGUGACGGUUCUCGGAACGCCGAUCAGUGUGCUGGAGACAACAGAGGAUCGUGAGCUCUUUGCGCGUGCGCUGAAGGAGAUAAAUAUGCCAAUUGCAGAAUCAGUCGCAUGUUCAACAGUGGAAGACGCGGUUGCGGCUGCCAACGAUAUCGGCUACCCGGUGAUUGUCCGGUCGGCCUAUGCACUUGGAGGGCUGGGCUCUGGAUUCGCAGAUGAUGACCUGCAGUUGCGGCAGCUGUGCGCGCAGUCACUGGCACUUUCUCCGCAGGUGCUGGUCGAAAAGUCGCUAAAGGGCUGGAAGGAGAUCGAGUACGAAGUGGUCCGUGAUCGCGUAGGUAACUGCAUAACCGUGUGCAACAUGGAGAACUUUGAUCCGCUCGGGAUACAUACAGGUGAUUCAAUUGUGCUUGCUCCGUCGCAGACCCUUUCUGAUGAAGAGUUCCACAUGCUAAGAACCGCAGCGAUUGAGAUUAUCAGGCACCUCGGAGUAGUUGGGGAAUGCAAUGUGCAGUACGCCUUGCAGCCGGAUGGGCUAGCUUUUAAGGUGAUCGAAGUCAAUGCCAGACUAUCUCGUUCUUCUGCAUUGGCGUCCAAGGCAACAGGAUACCCCCUUGCCUAUACUGCCGCUAAGAUUGCUCUUGGGUAUACAUUACCAGAGUUGCCUAAUCCUGUUACCAAGUCGACGGUCGCCAACUUUGAACCCUCACUGGACUACAUUGUGGCCAAGGUUCCAAGAUGGGAUCUCUCCAAAUUUCAACACGUGGAUAAGACUAUUGGGUCUGCCAUGAAGUCCGUAGGUGAAGUGAUGGCGAUCGGCCGGAAUUUUGAGGAAGCUUUCCAAAAGGCUUUCCGUCAGGUUGAUCCAUCUCUACUAGGUUUCCAGGGCUCUGACGAAUUCGCAGACCUAGAUGAAGCCUUGCAAUUUCCUACAGAUAGAAGGUGGUUGGCUGUGGGAGAAGCGCUAAUGAACAGAGGUUACUCUGUGGAACGUGUACACGAGCUUACGAAAAUUGAUAGAUUUUUCCUGCACAAGUGUAUGAAUAUUGUCCGAAUGCAGAAGCAAUUAGAGACCCUAGGAUCAAUAAAUCGGCUAGACGAGGUUCUGUUGCGGAAGGCUAAAAAGCUCGGCUUCUGUGACAAGCAGAUUGCACGGGCUAUUUCAGAUGACCUCUCUGAAUUGGAUAUUAGAGCGCUCAGAAAAAGCUUUGGCAUUUUGCCAUUUGUUAAACGUAUCGACACCAUGGCGGCAGAAGUUCCUGCGGUAACCAACUACUUGUAUGUUACCUAUAAUGCGGUCAAAGAUGAUGUAACCUUCGGAGAUAACGGGAUCAUGGUUUUGGGCUCUGGGGUGUACCGGAUAGGCUCUUCGGUUGAAUUUGACUGGUGUGCGGUCAAUACUGUACAGGCUUUAAGGAAGGAAGGACAUAAAACUAUCAUGAUUAAUUACAAUCCAGAAACAGUUUCUACUGACUUUGACGAGGUGGACCGUUUAUAUUUUGAAGAAUUGUCCUUUGAGCGCGUAAUGGAUAUCUACGAGGCGGAGUGUGCAAGUGGCUGCGUAAUUUCAAUGGGCGGGCAGCAACCACAGAAUAUAGCGUCACAACUGUAUGAACAGGGGGCAAAUAUCUUAGGGACUUCACCUGAGGAUAUCGAUAAGGCAGAGGACAGGCAUAAGUUUUCAACUAUACUCGAUACGCUGGGACUGGAUCAGCCGCGGUGGUCUGAACUAAAGUCACUUUCAGAGGUGAAGCAUUUUCUUGACGAUGUUGGUUACCCAGUAUUGGUCCGUCCGUCCUAUGUUCUAUCAGGUGCGGCUAUGAGUACAGUAUAUAACUCCGAAGACCUUGAGGGAGUGUUCGAGAGCGCGGUUGCAGUUUCCCCGGAACAUCCGGUGGUUAUCUCAAAAUUCAUAGAAGGUGCUCAGGAAUUAGACAUAGAUGCAGUUGCUUAUAAGGGUAGUCUACUGGUCCAUGCUAUUUCAGAGCAUGUCGAAAAUGCAGGUGUCCACUCCGGGGAUGCAACGCUGGUCUUGCCUCCGCAAUCGCUAAAAGAGGAGGAAAAGACACGGCUGAAACAGCUGGCAGCUCAGGUUGCCGCCGCUUGGAAUAUCACCGGGCCUUUUAACAUGCAAAUCAUCAAGACUGCAGAGGGCGGACACACUUGUUUGAAAAUCAUAGAGUGCAACAUUAGGGCCUCUCGGUCGUUUCCGUUCGUGUCGAAAGUUCUGGGUGUGAAUUUCGUGGAGAUCGCAGUCAAGGCAUUCCUGGGCGGAGAUCUGGUCCCGCCGUCCUGCGAUCUCAUGGCGCGCAGCUAUAAUUACGUCGCAACAAAGUGUCCGCAAUUCUCUUUCACCAGGCUGCCGGGUGCGGAUCCAUUCCUGGGGGUAGAAAUGGCCUCCGUCGGCGAAGUCGCUGCGUUCGGUUCCAAUGCCCUUGAGAGCUACUGGGUCGCACUACAGGGCCUCAUGAGUUUCUGUGUGCCUCUGCCUCCGAGCGGUAUCCUACUCGGCGGUGAUCUAAGCAAGGAACACCUAGGAAGAGUGGCCGCCCUAUUGGCGCCACAUGGCUUUACGCUCCUGGCCUUGUCGGAAGCCACCUGCGAAUACCUAUCCCGCUAUCUCCCCGCAGAAUCUUCCGUGACGGUGCUUCAGAUGCCGGAAACCGGUAGAGAGGUCCGAGCCCUUUUCGAACAGCACAACGUACAGUGCGUAGUUAACCUUGCAGCUAGGCGAGCAUCUUCGCCUAUUGAUCCUGACUACCGCAUUCGUAGAAGUGCAAUAGACUUCGCCGUUCCUCUGUUUAAUGAACCACAGACUACUAUGCUCUUCGCGCGUGCACUAAGCGCCUAUCUGCCAGCAGAAUUGGAAAUGCGGCAAUCUGAUGGGCCAGAAACUCCUUCAUAUGUGCUGCCCUGGCGUGAGUAUCUAGGUUUUAAGCCUACAUAA